CAUUUUCUUCGUAUUUCCCUUCCUUCAUUCUUCCACCCACCCCAAUUGGUCUCGCUUUAUUCUCCGAGUCAACUGAGUUCGUAAAUAAAUUCAUCAUGGGCUCUAAACCACGCUCCGGAGCCAAGAAUUGCUCUUGCGGCAUCCACAAGCUCGGUCUUGUCGCAAUCGUCCUGGCCCUGUUCACCGCACUUUACUCUUAUCUCAAUGCCCGCUUGGAUCAAUUCUACAUCUUCGAGCCGGAAUACCUGCACGAUCUUUCCCAGAGAGCCAUCAGCACGCACGGCAAUGAUACCAAGGCCGUCGUCAGCUUCAUCGUCGACGAAUUGGACCAGAGGGAGACGGGUGCCUAUGUGAACAAGGAUCAGGAGUGGGUGUUUAACAACGCUGGUGGUGCCAUGGGCGCUAUGUAUGUCAUUCAUGCCAGUAUCACUGAGUAUCUGAUUAUCUUUGGUACUGCCAUUGGAACUGAAGGCCACACUGGACGCCACACUGCGGACGACUACUUCAACAUCCUCCAGGGAACCCAACUCGCUUACGUCCCCGGGGAAUUCGAGCCGGAGGUGUACCCACAAGGCAGCGUCCAUCACCUCCGCCGAGGAGAGGUCAAACAGUACAAGAUGGAGUCGUCGUGUUUCGCGCUGGAAUACGCCCGGGGCUGGAUCCCUCCCAUGCUUUUCUUCGGGUACGCUGAUACCUUUACGAGCACUCUUGAUUUCCCGACAUUGUGGGCCACCACGCGGAUCACCGCCAGAGAGAUGAUUUCAAACCUGUUCCGAUUGAAGCUGUAAAUCGACUGGGCCUAGGAGACACGACAUGGUAAAUGUUAGGUUUUAUAUAAUCGUGAGUAAGAUAUGAAGGGCACAUGGACACAUUGAUAUGUAUCCUCAUGUUGGGCUAUGUAUAUUUUAAUGCUGUUUCUUGGAUUGAUACCGUGUAUAGCGCGUGAAAGAUAAAAUGGAAGAUAGAAACAUAGAAAAAUACAUAAUGGUUAUAGAUGUGC